GGCCACAGGAGUACACAGACACUGAGGCUGGCGCUUAUCAUUAUAUGUAACCUGCUAUCGCGUGUUCUUUUAUUUAUCUUUUUUCGAGGGAGUUAGGAUGUGUAGCAGCGCCGACCGCCGACUCAGGCAACUGCUACAAUUUCAGAUUCUCCCCCAAAAAGGAACGUUUCAUGUCAGGUCCUCAUUUGUCUUCAGCAGCACUAUGGUUACGGAGCGUUGACAUGAGCUUGAAUACGUCACGGUGCACGCGCCUUGAACAUUCCAUCUUUAUUUAAAGUCGUUUUUUUUUUUCUUGUAAUCCGAGACAAUCUUGCAUAUCCUUAGACACAGUCUUUCGUUUCUAGUUCAAUAUUUCUAUUUUGGUGAUUUGCUAUCUUUUCGAGCUAAUAUUUUUUGAUUCCCUUCUCUGUGAAGAUACUUUAAGUAAAAAAACAAAACAAAAAUACAAUAAAAACAAAGAAAAAAGCACCGUGACGUGGAACCUAAGAUAUCACGAGUCACGCGAUUGAAGAAACUUGAACACGGGCGCGUGGUGCAUUUACAAUAAGAAUGGGUUCGACAGGAUCCCGCAGAAGUACCACUGUGGCGGCAACAGACUCCCAGCAGCAGCAACAGUCGCAGGUAGAAGAGUUGGAGGAGGAUGGAAGCCCCCGAAUUGUCUUUAUCACAGGUUGCUCAACAGGCAUCGGCCUGGCAACAGCAGUUGUUCUUGCAAGCGACGCAGACAAGGGAUUUAAGGUUUACGCCACGAUGAGAAAUCUCGGAAAGAAAGCAGCUUUGGAAGAAGCCGCCAAGGAAACUCUUGGUCAAUCACUGUUCAUAAAAGAGUUGGACGUGUGCAGUGAAGAAGCCGUAAACAGUUUGGUAAAAGAGAUUGAGAGCACGGAGGGAAGAAUUGAUGUGCUCGUGAACAACGCAGGACAAGGCCUGGUGAGUGUGUUUGAAUGCAUACCAAUUGACAAAGCGCAAAACCUGUUCGAUACGAACUUCUUUGGGGUCAUGCGAGUACUCAAGGCUGUUUUACCAGGCAUGAAAGCAAGAAAGAAGGGCCGCAUCAUAAAUGUGAGCAGCAUCAUCGGAGUGAAUGGUCACCCAUUCAGUGAAAUAUACAGCGCUUCUAAAUUCGCCCUGGAAGGUCUGACAGAGAGCCUGGCUCCAACACUGAGGAAAUUCAAUAUCAGGUGUUCCCUUGUUGAACCCGGACCAGUGACAACCUCAUUCAACAACAAUGCCAAGUCGCUGAGAGAGGGAAUCGACUCGUCAACCGCAGACGACAAAACCCAGGCUUUGUUACAGGAGGCUUUGAAAGAGAUGUACCGUACUGUCACAUCGCACAGUCAGACAGCUGAGGAGGUGGCUCACAUCAUAAAAAAUGUCAUACUCAGUUGCAAGCCUCAUUUGCGAUACCAAACAAACUCUGAGUAUGGGCCAGGAGAGGUGCAAGCCAAGUUUUCUGAUGCCACAGGAGACAAAGCUAUCGAUCUCAUGGAAAAAAGAUUCUACCCGGAAACAAAGUAGUAAAGUUUUGAGACCGAGGAGUUCGAAACCGAACCGCUGCAUUUUGCAGUCCAAGGAUUUGAAAGAUACUUGUCAUCUUUUUUAAAUUUCAUUUAUAACUAACAUGGCAGUAUUUCUUUUAAAAGAAAAAACCAAUCAUGUCAAAAUUCAAUCUAAACAGAGGUGGUGGGAGACAUUUUCCGUCAAACCAGCCAAGAAAAAUGUCAACAUUUUAGAUAAGGCCUUAAAAUACCUGAAUCGAAACAACCAUUGAGUGGCAUUUUUAUAGUAUCAUUCGGUCAGCCAUCUUUCAAUUAUUCCUUACCU